AUGGAUAUCAUUGCAACUUCAUCAGCUCAAAACUUGAGGAGGCUAUGGAGAAGAAGAGCAUACCAAAGGUUAGGAAGUGGCAACAACAUGAGUACUGUCACCACAAGAUCAUCAAGGAGCUUUCGGGUCGGUCGGAUGAUGAUCAUGAGACGACGAGUAUCUCCUAAAAUACGGUUGAAAGUGUCGUCGCCGUUGAAAGUUGUAGCAAAGAUUCACGAUGCGUAUGUCGAGAUGAUGAUGAGGUUGGCCAAUAGUGUGGGGAAUAUGUAUGCCAUUGGAGGGUUUGGAAAUAGGAAGAGGAUACCAAAACCUCAAAAUCAAGUUCCUCUUGGUGGAGAACAAAUUGAUGCUAAAUUGGUAUUGGAAAUCUAUAACAAACUUGCUGCUUCCAAGAACAGCUCUAAUGCUAACAUAAACUUAUGA